AUGAGAGAGCCGGCGCUGGCGGCCAGCGCCAUGGCUUACCACCCAUUCCACGCGCCGCGGCCGGCCGACUUCCCCAUGUCCGCCUUCCUGGCGGCGGCUCAGCCCUCCUUCUUCCCGGCACUCGCGCUGCCGCCGGGCGCUCUGGCCAAGCCGCUGCCCGACCCGGGCCUGGCGGGGGCGGCCGCGGCGGCGGCAGCGGCGGCCGCGGCGGCCGAGGCGGGGCUGCACGUCUCGGCACUCGGCCCGCACCCGCCCGCGGCGCAUCUGCGCUCGCUCAAGAGCCUGGAGCCCGAGGACGAGGUAGAGGACGACCCCAAGGUGACGCUGGAGGCCAAGGAGCUCUGGGACCAGUUCCACAAGCUGGGCACCGAGAUGGUCAUCACCAAGUCCGGGAGGAGGAUGUUUCCACCCUUCAAGGUGCGAGUUAGCGGCCUGGACAAGAAGGCCAAGUACAUUUUGCUGAUGGACAUCGUGGCGGCUGACGACUGUAGAUAUAAGUUCCACAACUCUCGUUGGAUGGUAGCCGGCAAGGCCGACCCUGAGAUGCCCAAACGCAUGUACAUCCACCCGGACAGCCCAGCCACAGGGGAGCAAUGGAUGGCCAAGCCUGUGGCUUUCCACAAGCUGAAGCUGACCAACAACAUCUCUGACAAGCAUGGCUUCACCAUCCUGAACUCCAUGCACAAGUACCAGCCCCGCUUCCACAUCGUUCGAGCCAACGACAUCCUAAAGCUGCCCUACAGCACCUUCCGCACCUACGUGUUCCCAGAGACUGACUUUAUCGCUGUCACUGCCUACCAGAACGACAAGAUCACGCAGCUGAAGAUCGACAACAAUCCCUUUGCCAAGGGUUUCCGGGACACCGGGAAUGGUCGGCGGGAGAAAAGGAAGCAGCUGACAUUGCCGUCUCUGCGCUUGUAUGAGGAGCACUGCAAGGCCGAGCGUGACGGCGCCGAGUCGGACGCCUCGUCCUGCGACCCUGCCCCUGCCCGGGAGCCGCCGCUCUCGCCCGGGGCAGCGCCUAGUCCCCUGCGCCCACACCGGGCCCGCGCUGAAGAGAAGUCAAACAUCGCUGACAGUGACCAGGAGCCUGAGCGGCCCGGCGACGAGCGUGCGGGGCCAGCGCUAGGCCGCAGUCCCGGCCUGGACGGCAGCAGCCCCGCCCGGCUGCCCGACCCUGAACGCGCCCGGGAGCGUCGCAGCCCUGAGAGGGGCAAGGAGGCGGCUGAGAGCAGCGGGGACUGUCCGUUUGGCCUGCGGAGCCUAGAGAAAGAGCGAGGUGAAGCCCGGCGGAAGGACGAGGGGCGCAAGGAGCCGAGCGAGGGCAAAGAACCCGGCCUGACGCCGCUGGUGGUGCAAACGGACACUGCGUCCCCCCUGGGCGCCGGCCACCUGCCCGGCCUAGCCUUUUCUGGCCACCUGCACGGGCAGCAGUUCUUCGGGCCACUGGGAGCCGGCCAGCCGCUUUUCCUGCACCCGGGACAGUUCGCCAUGGGCCCCGGAGCCUUCUCGGCCAUGGGCAUGGGUCACCUGCUGGCUUCCGUGGCAGGAGGCAGUGGCGGAGGUGGCGGGCCAGGAACUGCCACCGGCCUGGACGCAGGCGGGCUGGGUCCCGCAGCCAGUGCAGCCAGCACGGCAGCACCCUUCCCAUUCCACCUCUCCCAGCACAUGCUGGCAUCUCAGGGAAUCCCAAUGCCCACUUUCGGAGGCCUCUUCCCCUACCCCUACACCUACAUGGCGGCAGCAGCAGCAGCCGCCUCCGCUUUGCCAGCAACCAGUGCUGCUGCGGCAGCUGCAGCAGCGGCCGGUUCCCUGUCCCGGAGUCCCUUUCUGGGCAGUGCCCGGCCACGACUGCGCUUCAGCCCCUAUCAGAUUCCGGUCACCAUCCCGCCCAGCACUAGUCUCCUCACCACUGGGCUGGCCGCAGAGGGCUCCAAGGCUGCGGGCAGCCACAGUCGAGAGCCCAGCCCUCUGCCUGAGCUGCCUCUCCGGAAAGGGGGGUGCCCACCCCGAGGGGCCCUGUCCCCCAGCGGCUCUGCCAAAGAGGCGGCCAGUGAACUACAGAGUAUCCAGAGACUGGUGAGUGGGCUGGAGAGUCAGCGCACCCUCUCCCCGGGCAGGGAGUCACCCAAAUGAGGGUGCCCAGCUACUCCACCACCUCACCAGCCUCCAGGCUGCCUGCCCUACUGCUCAGGAUGUGCUUGCGGCACAGAAUGGGUAUUUAUUUAAUCAAAGGAGCAAUCGCAGAGCAGGCUGCAGCAGCCCUAGAGAGAGAGAGAGAGCGAGAGAGAGAGAGAGA